UUUUGAUAUAUCAUUGUUCUGAGUACCUGGACAGUAUAAAAACUCUCACUGGGUAACACCUGGACACUUCUGUCUUCAGGUUUUCAGAUCUGCUGCAGCCAUGUUGGUUUUCUCCUGGUCUCUUGUGACCCUGCUGCUUGUGUCCUCUUCAUGGGCUGAGGUAGAGGGCGACACAUCCAGGGAGCUUUCUGUUGGUGAACUGCUGGAAAGAGCCAACAGAGACCGCACCCCUGACUUUGAUGAGCCCACCCUGAUUGGAGGAGACAUUGCUGUCCUGCCGGACAGAAACGCUGACCCCUGCACCACCAGAGGCUGUCUGUGGCAAAAGUGGUCUGAUGGAAAAGUCUACAUCCCCUACUACAUCGCCAACCACUACUCCUCCCGUGAGCAGGCGAUCAUCAUCCGUGGACUGGAGUCCUUCUCUUCAGUCUCCUGCAUCCGUUUCAGACCCUACCAAAAUGGUGAUCAUGAGUGGCUGAGCAUUGAGUCCAGAAAUGGCUGCUAUUCCUACGUCGGUCGCCAGGGUGGUGGUCAGACUGUGUCUCUGAGCCGUCAGGGCUGCCUGUACCACAGCACUGUCCAGCAUGAGCUGCUCCAUGCCCUUGGCUUCAACCAUGAACAGACUCGCUCUGACAGGGACAACCACAUCAGGGUGUACUGGGAAAACAUCAUCGACGACAUGACAUACAACUUCUACAAGAUCGAUACUCUGAACCAGGGAACUCCAUAUGACUACAACUCUGUCAUGCAAUAUGAGAAGUACGCCUUCUCCAAGAACAACCGUCCUACUAUGCUGCCUAUUCCCAACAGCAAUGUAUCCUUCGGCCAGGCCACUCAGAUGAGCAAAAAUGACAUUGAUAGGCUGAACAGGCUGUACCAGUGCUAAACUACACUGGCCUUUGACCUACUGCCUGAUGACAUCAGAGUGUGCUGAUGAAGGAGGUGGAUGGCAGUUUGGGUUGUCCUGUAAAAAUAAACCUGCAAAGUUCAAAAGCUUUAAA